AGAACGUUACAGAGUGAAGCCUUAAUACCAACAUUCAACAAGCAUUAGCAAUCGGUGCACAUUCUCGAAAUCUUCGCUUUUCUUAAGCUGAAAUCUGCAACUCCAUGGAUGAUGAGAAGGUGACCCAGCUUAAGCUCUUCGUUGAGCAAUGCAAAUCCAAUCCUUCCAUUCUCAAUGAUCCUUCUCUUUCCUUUUUCAGAGACUACCUUGAGAGUCUCGGCUGUAAGCUUUUCCCCUCAUCAUCUUACGAGCCUGGCGAGUCACCUCGAACUCGAAACUCGAAACCCCGAUCAAUGGAAGAUAGUGAUGAUGAUGAUGAUGAGGACAUGGCAGACCUCAAAGAAGAGGACUCUUCGCAGGGAGCUUCUAAACCCUCUGAUGAUGGAUAUGAGAGUGAUAUAAUCGAGUCUGACCUCGAACUCGAAGGGGAUAUUGUAGAACCUGACGAUGGUCCUCCACAGAAGAUGGGUGACCCUUCUGCUGAGGUUACAGAUGAAAACCGUGAUGCUUCUCAAGCAGCAAAGGCACUAGCAAUGGAAGCAAUUUCUGAGGGUAAACUCGAGGAAGCUAUUGGACAUCUCACUGAGGCGAUUUUGUUAAACCCAACGUCUGCCAUAAUGUAUGGGACCAGAGCAACUGUCUUUAUCAAAAUGAAAAAACCUAAUGCUGCCAUUCGGGAUGCCAAUGCUGCUUUGGAGAUAAAUCCAGAUUCGGCAAAAGGUUAUAAGACUCGUGGCAUUGCCAGAGCGAUGCUUGGUCAGUGGGAAGAGGCUGUCAAGGAUCUUCACUUAGCAUCAAAGUUGGAUUUCGAUGAGGAGAUCAGUGCAGUACUCAAAAAGGUUGAACCCAAUGUACACAAGAUUGAAGAGCAUCAUAGAAAAUAUGAGCGUUUGCGGAAAGAGAAGGAAGAGAAGAGGAUCGAGCGUGAGAGGCAACGUCGUAAGGCUGAAGCACAGGCUGCAUACGAGAAGGCCAAAAGGGAAGAGCAGUCUUCUUCAAGUCGUAAACCUGGAGGCAUGCCUGGUGGCUUCCCUGGAGGGAUGCCGGGGGGCUUUCCAGGGGGGAUGCCCGGAGGUUUUCCAAGGGGGAUGCCGGGAGGUUUUCCAGGGGGGAUGCCUGGUGGAAUGCCUGGAAACAUUGAUAUGAGCAAAAUUCUAAAUGAUCCUGAAUUAAUGGUGGCCUUCAAAGAUCCAGAAGUUAUGGCUGCUCUUCAAGAUGUGAUGAAGAACCCUGUUAAUUUUGCAAAGCAUCAGUCAAACCCUAAGGUGGCUCCUGUCAUUGCAAAGAUGAUGGGCAAAUUCGGUGUUUGACCCAAAUAUAAACAUUAGUGUAAGAAUGAAGUUUCCAUCCAUAGUUACAUGAAGCUGUCAUUUUACAUGGUUUUGGUACAUUAGGAAAAAGAUGGCGAGGCUCCUGUUAUGACUUUGCAUUUGGAUUUCUCAUUUGUUUCAUCUUGUUUAUAUCGAGUAGACCUUCAUAGUUGAAUCAGGUUACUAUUUUUA